AUGCGCGCAGUGAUGUGCCCCCGGGCGCCCAUCGAAGCACGUGAACUCGUCUAUUCGACCGACCACCCUGCACCACAGCCCAAGGACGGCCAUGUGCUCAUCAGGGUCAAAGCAUUCGGCUUGAACCGCGCAGAGCUGUAUGCUCGCAAGGGUCAACUUCCUGGCUUGUCGUUUCCAAGAAUUCCAGGCAACGAAGCGGUUGGCAUAGUCCAGCACGCUGGAGGGGGCUUGUGGAAGGAAGGCGAUGUCGUUGCCGCUAUGAUGGGCGGGAUGGGAGUCCAGUUUGACGGCUCAUACUCAGAAUACACCCUCGUGCCUCACCAAUUCGUUUCUGCCGCAAUAAAACUUCCUGCGAAUGUCAGUUGGGCCCAGUUUGCGGCCAUUCCAGUGACGUUUUUGACUGCUUGGGGAAUUCUCAAAUCUGCUCUCAAACUCGAGGCAGGCGAAAGUCUUCUCAUUCGCGGUGGGUCAAGCAGUCUCGGUCUCGCGCUAGCGGCUCUGGCAACAUCCAAAUCACCUCACUUUGGCUUCAGUGCCUCCUCUGUGAUUUCUUCAACGCGCACUGAAGCGAAAGCAACGAUCCUCAAAGAAAGCGGAGCACACCACGCUGUCGUUGACCCUCCUACGGGAAAUAUUAGUGAAACGGUGAAAAAGCUCAGUCCAAAUGAGAUGGGCGUGAACAAGGCGGUCGAGUUGGUUGGCCCACCCGUGCUGGCAGACACGAUGGCAGCAUUGACGCCGAAUGGUGUUGUGGCUAUGGUGGGAACGCUCUCAAAUGUGUGGAGCAUGGAGUUCAGACCGUGGGCUUUGCUCAUGCCAGCCAAGCACAUAACGACGUUCUCCGGUCGCAGUAUCAACCUUUCGACGGCACCUCUUCAAGCGAUCGUGGAUGCGGUCGGGAGCGGCGAGCUCAAGCUUAACGUUGAUAAGGUGUUCGGAAUCGCUGAGACAGUCGACGCCCAUACAUAUAUGGAGUCCAAUGCGGCGGCAGGCAAAGUGGUUUGCUUGGUCGAUUAG